GUCGUUGGGCGACUCGAGGGAGGAGGACCUGACGAACGACGUGGCGUCCACCCUGAGCGGCUUAUUUGGUGGUUUACCGGUACUAGCGGGGCCCCAACGUCUCGCCAAUUCCCUCCGGCAAAAAUUCACUAAUAAUUCGGGUUAUCCCCGGCCCGGCCUGAUGCGUCCCGCUUCGAGCACAGCGCCACCGUACAAGAUUCCAGAUGUGAUCGAUAUUAGUUCAUAUUGAAUGAUCAAGAGUUUGGAUUAUAUUUUAAUGACGAAAGAUUCUUCUGAGUAAGUUUAAACUUCGGUGUGGGUGUAUUGGUGAGAUAGAGUAACCUUUGGCCUUGAAGAUCAGCCAGAAAUCAUCAUGAGUUCGUUCAAAGUACCGAUUGUGGAUUUGGAAAUUGGUGAACUGAAGGACAUAAUAUGGGCAAAACUGCAGGAGCCGGGUCCCCAAAAGAAAUUAGUUCUGGUUAUAGUAUCGAUAGCACUGCUAUUGGACAAUAUGUUGUACAUGGUGAUUGUUCCAAUAAUACCAGAUUAUUUAAAGUAUAUCGGUGCUUUUGAUAAUCCAGAUGGUACACCGAAUAACGCCAGCGGUCAUCAUGGGCAGGAUUCAGCGACGGGUGUUCUAUUCGCGUCAAAAGCAAUAGUUCAAUUGAUGGUGAAUCCCUUCUCUGGAGCUUUGAUCGAUAGAAUUGGAUACGACAUUCCCAUGAUGAUUGGAUUGUGCAUAAUGUUUCUGUCAACAGCUGUUUUCGCUUGUGGCAGAAGCUAUGGUGUAUUGUUUUUUGCGAGAAGUCUUCAGGGUGUUGGUUCUGCAUUCGCUGAUACAUCUGGGCUAGCUAUGAUUGCAGAUCGUUAUACUGAGGAAUCUGAGAGAUCCAAAGCCUUGGGUAUUGCAUUGGCAUUUAUCAGUUUUGGAUGUCUUGUUGCGCCCCCGUUUGGCGGAGCAUUAUAUCAAUUUGCAGGGAAAGAAAUGCCUUUUCUUAUUCUUGCCUUCGUAAGUUUGGCCGAUGGCUUUAUGUUACUUCUCGUGAUGAAACCGCUGAAAGAACAACUAAAGGAGAACAGAGCACGAGAGCACAUUGAAACUGUGCCGAUCUGGCGUCUCUUUAUGGAUCCUUACAUCGCCGUUUGCGCUGGUGCUCUCAUGAUGUCUAACGUAGCUCUUGCCUUUUUGGAACCAACAAUUUCUCUCUGGAUGGAGGACCACAUAACCAGGGACAAUUGGAAGAUGGGAAUGAUAUGGUUGCCUGCGUUCUUCCCUCAUGUUUUCGGUGUGAUAAUCACUGUGAAAAUGGCGAAACAGUAUCCGCAGCAUCAGUGGCUGAUGGCAGCUGGUGGACUUGCUUUGGAAGGACUCUGCUGCUUCAUCAUACCGUUUUCAACAUCUUAUAAAUUCCUCAUGAUUCCUAUUUGCGGUAUUUGCUUUGGAAUCGCUCUGAUCGAUACUGCAUUAUUGCCCACGCUUGGAUAUUUAGUUGAUGUUCGAUACGUCUCGGUUUACGGCAGUAUAUACGCCAUUGCUGAUAUAUCUUACAGCGUCGCUUAUGCUGUCGGACCAAUCAUAGCUGGCGGUGUAGUUGAAGCUAUUGGCUUUACAGCUCUUAAUAUUGGAAUUGCAUUCUCAAAUCUUCUGUAUGCGCCUGUUUUAUAUUAUCUGAGGCACAUCUACGACUUUAAGCCAUUCCAGGACGAGGCCAAUGUUCUCAUGCAAGAUCCACCCGAUAAAGAGUACCAAACUUAUGUCCUUCAAGAGCAGAGACCGAUUUCCGGUGAUGUUGGAAAUCAUUUGACGCAAGGGAGAAUGGAAACAAAUAUUGAUCAGACUAUGGAGCAGGGAUAUCAGUCUAGUUACAAUCAGAGCAGUUCUGGCUAUCAGCAGGAUAAUUAUGGACAGCAAAUGUAUGAUCAGCAAUACAAUCAGCAAGGAUAUACCCAGCAGAGCAGUGGAUAUGGCCAGCCAGCAAUUGGUCAAAGGAACAUUAAUCAAGACUUCAGGGAAAGUGAUACGAGCCAAGAUGCUAAUCCAUUCAGAAGAUCGGCCGAGCCUGAGCGGCCGUCGGGUGAUAACAAUCCCUUCAGACAGGGAAUGUACUAGUGUGAUUUAAUGAAUAAAAGCAGAUGAUAUAUAUUAAAUAAUCAUGGAAUGCAUUUUCAUGGAAUCUGAUACUAGUCUUCAAGCCAGGCUUCCAAUUCACCGAUCGCGUCUACCUCGGGUGGAAAAAAUCUCAAUUCAAAGCUUUUGAGAUGAAAGAGCGAGGGGGGGGGGAGAGAGAGAGAGAAAGAGAAACUAACAAGUGAUAUGAUGUUUUCUUUGUUUUUGUGGUGAAAACAGUGGGGGAGAUUGAAAAAAAAAAAGUGAUAGAUAAUAGAAAAUAGAUUGGAGAAGAAGUUUCGAAUGACGGAUCGGUUUCCAAAUACAACCAUCAUGAUCAUAGGUCAAUAUGGUGUUUACGAGGAUUUUCCAGUCAGCAGGGGAUCUCGUGCAUCACCAGAUGGCAACUACAAUUCAGUUCUUUUUCAAAUUUUGGUUUCUUUUUGGAUUACGUGAAUGUUUUUUUUUAUUGAUUUUAAACGCUGCUGAACCAGGAUAACAUAUCAGGAGACCGGGAUUAAUGGAAAAUGGCUGCAAUUAUCAGUACCACAACCAACUCCCGGAAUCCAAAAAUUAAAUAAUGAUUAGCAAGUAAGUAACUAAGUUUAGGAAAAUAAUUGAUGAAAAAGAUAAUACAAAUAAUUAAGAUUAGUAGGUGCUGGAAUAUGAAAAACAAAAAAGCAGAGUUUGUCAACUUGGAAUUCGAAUAUUUUUUCAUAAUUCUGAGUUUAUUCUCUGGCUCUAGUUGAAUAUGGGUCGGGAGUGCAAGUGCGAAUAUAUGAUUAGGAUUAGAUAAAAUCCGGGUGUAUCAAAUACAGUAGGAUUACAUAUCUGUAUUUUUAUGGGGUUUUUCUAAGUACAAUUUUGUUGGGGGCGUAAAAGCACCGGCUAGUGAAAUAUAAAGUAAUUUUUUUAGAUUUCUCCUUUUUUCAUUUAAAUACGACGAAUGAUUGUAUGCUAAUGUAAUUUUUUUUAUUGUAAUUACACGAAUUCACAUACCCUCUUUUAAAACUAUUAUCAAAAUAACGGUAAAACACCGAAACAAAUAUCAUUUAGCAGUAUGUAAAGGCAAUUUAUCUUCCAGAAUAAUAAAUAACCAUGUAUCCCUCUUUACUUUCACGAUAAAACCAAAAAAUUGCAUUUGAUUUUUUUAUAUUAACAAUGGAGGAUUUAGAUGCGCGAGAAAGACGUGCAUAACAGAUCCUUACCUACUCGUCAAUACUCAUCGAACAUAUUGCAAGUAAUAAAACCCGCAUGGCAUAUACUACGAAUAAUGGCAAUGAAAAAUGAAUAAAUUAUUAUGAAUAAAUACACUUGCAAAAAGGUACGUCUGAGUGCUUGAAAUUUGCAGUGCCUGGUCAAUCGUAAUGAAGCAUUAAUUUACAAAAGAACGAAAGAAUAUGUUAAUAACUAAAUUAAAGAAAAAAUAGGUAUUCAUGCCUCCAGUUGACCCUAUUCGAUAUCGAUGUUGAACUCCCAUUAGUCAGUACUUAUAUAACUGUUGUUAUAUUCAUCUUGUGGUGGAAAAUCACUGAAUAUACCGAACAUAAUCACGGUAUGCUGUUAAAAAAUAUCGAUUGAAAUAUCAGGACUAUUAACUCAGUAAUAAAAAAUUAAGUAUUAUUAUAUAAUUUCAACAAAAAAUUAACAAUUGAAGAAAAUGAGAAUAAAAGUUGAAUCGUGGAGAUGACCAUUUGUGAUUAGAUAAUAAAUUUAAAAGAGCAGUUUUUCUGACGUGGUAUAUUUGAGUAUUAUCUAUAUAUGCUAGAGUGUCGUUUCAUUUUGCCGUAGAGACCUCUUAAAAUCCUUGUAAAUAAAUUCUAAAAAAUACGAAAAGAGUGAAUAUAUAAAAACAGAAGCAUAUCUAU